CGUGCUUCUGAGUGUAGUCGGUGAGUUUCCCGCUUUCCAGGUAAAGUAUGGCUAAAAGCUUACGGAGUAAGUGGAAGAGGAAGAUGCGUGCAGAAAAGAGAAAAAAGAAUGCCCCAAAGGAACUCAGCCGACUGAAAAGUAUUCUUAAAAUAGAUAGUGAUGUUUUAAUGAAAGAUGUUCAAGAGAUAGCAACUGUGGUGGUACCCAAACAUUGUCAAGAGAAAACUCAGUGUGUGGUACAAGAUGAAAAAGAUGACAUGAAAAUGGAGACUGAAAUUAAGAGAAACAAAAAGAGUCUUCUAGACCAGCAUGGACAGUACCCCAUAUGGAUGAACCAGAGACAAAGGAAAAGGCUGAAGGCAAAGCGAGAAAAAGGGAAGGGGAAAAGCAAAGCAAAAGCAGCAAAGGCGGCCAAGGGUUUGGCCUGGUAGACUCUUAAAAACUUGAAAACCCCUACAUGGGACAGGUCUUUGAUUAGAAUGUAUACAUGGGUUUCAAUUUCCACCAAGCGAAAACUUUGUUUCCAGAUUUAACUUGACCCUGUUCUUCAAUUCAAACCCACCUUAACUCCUCAACUUUGUUUUGGGAUCUUGAAUAAAAUAUUCUCAUUG